AUGGUACAAGCACCUCCUCAAAAAAAUGCCAUUUCAUCACCUUUGGAGGUAGGCAACAUGCGCUUGAAGCAUCGUAUUGUAUUGGCACCCUUAACAAGACUACGUGCUGAUCAAGAUGGUGUCCCUACCGAUUUACAAGUCGAAUAUUACAGCCAACGGGCCUCUGAAGGGGGUUUAUUACUGACAGAAUGUACAGCAAUCAGUCCCACAGCUCGAGGCUAUCCACAAGGACCUGGCAUAUAUAGUCAAGCGCAAAUCGAAGGCUGGAAGAAAGUGACAGAUGCAGUGCACAAGAAGGGAGGCUUUAUUUAUCUUCAAUUGUGGCAUAGUGGUCGUACCGGUAAAAAAGCACUUCAUCCCAACCAGGAACAAGUGGUAUCAGCUUCCGCUAUUACAGCGACAGGCACAGACAUUCUUGGAGAAACAUUUGAAACACCAAGGGCACUGGAGAUCAGUGAGAUUGAGGAGAUCAUCCUAGAUUUUCGUCAAGCUGCCGUAAAUGCAGUAGAGAAGGCUGGAUUUGAUGGUGUGGAGAUUCAUACAGCAUUUGGGUACUUGUUGGAUCAGUUUAUCAACACAUCCAGCAACCAACGUACUGAUUUAUAUGGAGGAUCUAUGGAGAAUAGAUGUCGAUUUACAUUGCAAGUGACAAAGGCGAUUGUAGAAGCCAUCGGUGCAGAGCGAACGGGCAUAAGAGUUUCGCCAGGUGGCGGUGCAUUUCAUAGUGCCACUGAGGAGUUUCCCAUCGAGACAUGUAGCUAUCUUUUAUCUCAGUUGCAAGCGCACUGGCCCUUUAUGGCCUAUGUUCAUUUCAUGCAGAUCAGAACUGUAGAUGACUUGGAUGUGGAUGAUGCCGCAGUUUAUAGAGCCAUCUGGAAGGGCCGUGUUAUCUCCAGUGGGUUCUCCACUUCACUAGACAUGAGGCAUGCUAUUCAACAUGCAGAAAAGACAGGAGACAUGAUUGCCUUUGGAAGAGUUUUUGUAUCCAACCCAGAUCUCCCUUAUAGAAUUGAGCAUGGAUAUCCUCUCAGCCCUUUUGAUUACAAGACAUUUUAUACACAUGAACCACAAGGAUACACAGAUUACUCUGUUUACAACUAA